AGAGAGGAAGCGGAAAUGCGUAUCGGUAUUAAAGACAUCGCCCCGCCUCCCGUCGGUCUCUUUCCGUCUCCGGCUGCCGCGUUGAGAGGAGGUGAGCUCGUGCCGUCUGUCCGCCCGCGUGGUCGAGUUGCGCCGGCCGCCCGCCUUCUCUCCUUGCGCCCCUCGCGCCCUUGGCUGCCCUUCGUCCCCGCCGCCCGAGUUGCCGCCAUGUCCGCGCAUCUACAAUGGAUGGUCGUGCGGAACUGCUCCAGCUUCCUGAUCAAGAGGAACAAGCAGACGUACAGCACCGAGCCCAAUAACCUGAAGGCCCGCAACUCCUUCCGCUACAACGGGCUGAUUCACCGCAAGACUGUGGGUGUGGAGCCCGCGGCCGACGGCAAAGGGGUCGUGGUGGUGAUGAAGCGGAGAUCCGGCCAGAGAAAGCCAGCCACGUCCUAUGUUCGGACCACCAUCAACAAGAACGCCCGGGCCACCCUCAGCAGCAUCCGGCACAUGAUCCGCAGGAACAAGUACCGCCCCGAUCUGCGCAUGGCCGCCAUACGCAGAGCCAGCGCCAUCCUGCGCAGCCAGAAGCCUGUGAUGGUGAAGAGGAAGCGGACCCGCCCCACCAAGAGUUCCUGAACAUUCCCACCCUCAAAGCAAUAAAGACAUCAGUCGCUUUUCCUCA